AUGCUUGAUGAAUAUAACCUUCGUGAAAAUGAAUGGUUGCAAGGAAUAUAUGCAUUUAGAGAAAAAUUAUUUGCGGCAUACGGAAAGAAUUUUUUUUCAGGUGGUAUGAAUAGCACACAAUUGAGUGAAAGUUUGAAUGGUGAUUUGAAGGAUUACUUGCAGUCUGAUUACAAUAUCGUGCAAUUUUUUAAGCAUUACGAUCGAGCAAUUGAGGAUAAGAGAUAUAAUGAGUUGCAAGAUACUUGUGAUGCAUCACAACGAUUUCCAGUAUUAAAAGCACAAGUCCAUAUUUUGGCUCAUGCUAGAGAGGUAUAUACAUCACAUGUUUUCGCAUAUUUUCAAGAUGAAUAUAUGAAAUCUUUGUCAAUGAAAGUGAAUAGAUGUGAGGAGAACAAUUUAUCCACCAUGUAUAAGGUCAGCAAGCAUAGGCAUACUCGAGAGUAUAUUGUUAAGGUGACAGAGAUAGGCCAUAUAUCUUGUCCUUGCAUGAAGUUUGAGUCCAUGGGUAUACUAUUUUUUCAUACAAUAAGAAUUCUCGAUGUGGUAAGAGGAGUUAGUAGAAUUCCAACUGAGUACAUUUUAAAAAGGUGGACAAUAGAUGCAAAAGCCGAAGAUAUUAAAGAAGUUGAUGGGCAAGACAUAGAGAUCAAGGAUCCGAAGUUGAUCACUACGAAUCGUUAUAGAGUUCUUUGUCCUAUAUUUGUUAGAUUGGCAACAAAGGCUUCUGAAACAGAUGAUGGCUAUAAGGAAGCAAUAGCGUGUGCAAAUGAGCUAAGUUCAAAAUUGAAAGAAAUCAUGAAGGUGACAACUCCAUAUCUUUGUACUAGCAGUUUAGGAAAAGAUUAA